ACCUUUGUUCAUUUUAGAUCUAUCAUGAUGGAUGCUGAUAGGGUUAUAUUAUGUGUUGCAACGAUCUUGUUACUAGUGGCAGUCUGGAUUGCAUUUCCUGUCGGUGAUUCUCGUCAACAGUUACUGUCAGCAGUUACAAAAGAUAUAGCGGAUCUGAAACUUCUGCUUAACGAGGAAAGAAAUAGAAGAAUUGCAUUGGAGACAAAUAUAAACAAUUUGAACAACGACUUCGCGAUACAGAAUGAAAUGGUAAAAAAUAUUUUGAGAGUAAAUGGAAAAAUGCAAGAAAUUACGAACAGAACAAACGUGGCUUUUUAUGCACGACUGUCUAAAAGCUAUUUGGAUAUUGCGCCCUGGGCUACAAUCGUGUUUGCCGACGUUGAAACAAAUGAUGGAAGCGCUUACAACAGCGCUAAUGGUGAAUUCACAGCACCAGUUGCUGGCACUUAUGUUUUUUACUCACAUAUUCUCUCACAGGUUAAUAAGAAUGUCGAAACCGCACUCCAGAUCAACGGUAACAACAAAUUGUAUUUAUAUUCAGGCGGCGGACAGUACCAAGGUUCCGGAAGUAACAUGGCUGUGGUUCAUCUUAAUGUGGGAGACAUAGUUAAAAUGGUUAAACAUGGACCUUGGGGAAUAAAACCUUUCUACAUACACCACGCCUGGAGUUCAUUUUCAGGAUUUCUCCUUCGGAUUGAUGCGACUGUCGUAUAAAUACCAGACUUUAUAAUUACUGUUAAUGUAUUUGAUUGAUAUAAUUUGCUUACCUGGACCAACCGUCUAUCUUCCAUCGUACAAAACUUCCAUAACUAUAUCCUCGGCUGCAAAUCAAUCAAUGUGACAAAAUGGUUGUGAGAUGAUUGUACAUGUGUUACCCUACGGCUGGUGUUACGUGAUCGUAUAGAAUAUUGUUCCUUCGCGUUGUGUCUUUGGUGGGUAAUCAAGAGCUCAUAUGUAUGUGAAACGAGAAGAGAUGGAAAAUAAACAAACACACUGUCGGCUUUAUAUAAUGUAUUAAUUGUUAACUAGAAUAUGCAGAAAUAUUCACACGCGAGCCUCUCUCUGUAUCAACGUAUAUACAAGUCAAAAUAGAUAAAACAGUUAAUAGUAAAAUAGUCCCAAAAUGUCUUUCAAUACAGCACACCCUGACGCAGAAUUGGUGGUUGGGAAAAUAAUGUGUAUACUCUACAAGUAUCUAUCUAACGGUGCGCGCCACAGUACCGUGGUCUAUGGGUUUUAUAACAACUAUGUGACCUUUGACUGUCUAGACAUGAGGACAUAAUUAUUAUUAACUUCUUUCUAAAUAUAUGUUUGACCAAUGCCCAUUUGAUCGGGUCUACUAUAUGUCACGCGUAUACCUGUGUGACCGGUUAAGGUAUUUCAUGUUUAAACUGAAAUAUACGAAUAUACAUGAAAGAUGGAAUGCUAGAUAUCAUAAUGACCUGGGUAAACGUUAAAGUAUAACAUUCGCCCCUUUCUAGGAAAAAGGAUUAAAUCAUAUUUAAUUGAUUUAAUGCUUUUAACUUAAAUGCAAAACCACAAUCAAAAAUCUGAUCAAAAAUCUAAAUGCUAGAGUAGAAGCAAACAAAAAUAAUUCAGCGGAAAACCAAUGUCUUAAACAAUUAAAUAAGUAUUUGUCCACUAUAAAUUUUAUGCUGAGUGCACACAAGGUAGAUUACAAGUAAGCGAUAUGCGAAUAUUUGACAAUAAUAUUUCGACAAAGUUUUGCCGGGGGUUAAUUAUCAGUUCUGAAAUAUGCUUGAUUAACUUAGCUAAUACAAAUAUUAAGGUAACCUAACAACAAAAAUGAGAGAGUAUCUAAAUAAAAAUACAAUCCACGCGAGUUAUUUUUUUUUUUUCUUAUUUUACAAAAUAAUCCACGCGAUCUAUUUUUCUUCAUCUGUGUCCAUCGGUCUUCUUGGUAGUGUUGAGUAGUUGAAGUGGCCUAGAAGUGGUGACUAGUUGGAUCUUGAACUUGACCAAGGACUAAGGGCUUACAUACUGUCGACCCUGCCAUAUAUCCGCCUGAUAUAUCCGUCACAGGGGUUUACGAUACUCAUUGCCUUAGUAAUAAUAUGUAGAUAAACCAAUAUGGUGUUAUAACGUGUCGUUAUAACAUAUGUUUGCAUGGAGUAAUCAUAUAAAAGUUGAACCAAAGUUCAAUAGUAAUUUGGUUGUGCUUGGAGAUGUUAUCGUUGCAUAGCUAAAGUCCUGUUGCUGCUUUUGUAACUAUAAUGUACAAGUAUUGUCCACAUUCCAGAUAACUAAUGUAUCGUACUUUUAGACUUCGUAAAUGUUAACUGGAGGAAGAAAACGCACUUAGAUGAAAAUACAGAUAAACUGCGAGAGAGUGUCCAUCAUUAA